UCACUAUAACGUAGCUAGCUAGCUGAAGCCAGUAGUCGUGUAGCUUAGCUAGCUGUAGUUUACCGCAGAUUUCUAAGCGCUUUCUUGUGUAAAACAGUGUAAAUAUCUGUUUGUUUGUUUGCUGAUAGAGUAAUUAUGUCCACUCCGGCUAGAAGACGACUUAUGAGGGAUUUUAAGAGGCUUCAGGAGGAUCCCCCAGCUGGAGUCAGUGGUGCCCCAUCUGAGAACAACAUCAUGAUCUGGAACGCAGUCAUUUUUGGCCCAGAGGGAACGCCUUUUGAAGAUGGUACAUUUAAGCUAACAGUUGAGUUUACAGAAGAAUACCCUAACAAGCCACCGACUGUUCGAUUUGUAUCCAAGAUGUUUCAUCCAAAUGUAUAUGCAGAUGGCAGCAUUUGCCUGGAUAUUCUUCAGAACCGUUGGAGUCCUACAUAUGAUGUUUCAUCUAUCCUGACAUCAAUUCAGUCUCUUCUAGAUGAACCAAAUCCCAACAGUCCUGCAAACAGCCAGGCAGCUCAGCUUUAUCAGGAAAAUAAACGGGAAUAUGAGAAACGGGUGUCUGCUAUCGUUGAGCAGAGCUGGAGAGACAGUUGACCACAUACACACUUGAAAGUUUCUUUUUCUUUUUUGUGUCUGUAAGUGGAAGAAUAUAAUCAAUAUUUCUUUUUGUUUUUAAGUUUUUAUGCACUUUACUUACUUUGCCAUAGAGGAUCAUGGUUUCUGUUUGUUUGACUGCAUUGACAUUGUCUUAUGCACGACUAAUUUUGAAUUGGUGCAAAUGUUCAAACAAUACAAACUCUGAAUGGCUUCAACAUGUUCUUUUUUUUUUAACUGAAAGAAACUAUUGGUCUGUAUUUUUCCUUUUAAGGAAACUCUCAGUAGCUGAGCUGUUGAAUGAGUUCAUAUCUGGAGCUCCACUGGAGUAACAUCACUCAAACCUUAACUGCUAGAUCUGGCAUAAGCUAGAUGGUCCCAAAUCACUGGAUAUACUUUUUGGCAUCAGGUGAAAGACUGUAGACAUGCUGAUUGUGCUGUAAAGAUAAGGUUGGUUUCAGCAGUUUUCAGACACCAUGUAGUUCUUUUACUUCUUUCUCUAUCCUGAUGUAACACUUGCUCUACCAACACCAUGCUAUCCAGUUUUGGGCCAGUACAGUGAUCUCUAUCUUCAGUAUUGCAGGAUGUUCUUUUUCUUUUGCCAACCCUAGUCUUUGGUGUUGUAUGCUGUUACAUGCAUGAAUGCCUGAGUGUGUGCACAUAGAAAGCCUAGUAAUCUUGUAUAUAAGAAACACUACUGAAUAUAUGUACAGAUUUUGCACUGAUUGUCAGUCAUUUUUUCCAGCACUUGUAAAUAAAUAAAAAAUCAAACUAUC